AGACUCAUUGAAGGCUGAAUGGAAUCAACAAAUUUAUUAAACAGUAGUUUGGUUAAGGAUGGUUACCAAAUACUAUUCCAUUCCCUUGUAUAUUUCUGGUUGGUAUUGUCGAUUAUGCUGGUAUGAGGUAUCAUGGUUGCUGUUAAUGGGGAGGUGGAUCCUUGCAUAUGCAGUAGUCCCACUUUAGCUGUAGGUGGUACAUUCCAAGACUCUCCAGUGGAUCCUGAAACCGUGGAUAGUACCAGACCCAAUUGCUGUCAAUUGGAACAUGUGUCUGCUCAUUUCUUCCACCCGCAAAUGUAAUGCCGUUUCCACCUUAACUAAGCACUUACAACUGUGGUCGCAACUUUCGCAGUUUGAGGCGAGACGACAAACGGUCAGGAAUUUCUUUUUCCUUGUUUACAUUUUCAUGGAUAGAAGAUUUGUUCGUACUGUAGAUCUUAGUAACCUCAGUAUAAGAUUUUUUUUUUUCUUUCCUUAAGAAGUCAAAAACUUUCACCUUUUUACUUAAAGGUAGUGCUUAUGGCCUCUCUGCCGUAUCUGAAUUGCUAGCUUCACUACUCUUAUGCUUUGGGACCAUUAUUAGUAAACUAAGGGUGACUUGAACUGAGGAACUGUGAUAGCAUAUCACAGUGGAUCAGAUAAGCAAGAGGGCAGUAGGUGGAUAGACAGCAUGGAUACGCUGGACAAAGGCAUGAUUCACUUCUGGGGCAGGACGGAAUGGGAUGGCAUGAGAAUUUAUCCUGCUACUUAGAACAGUGCACAAUUUAAAACUUAGAAAUUAUUUGUUUGUGGAAUUCUUCAUUUAAUAUUUUCCAACUGAAACUGACCACGGGGUAACCAUGGAAAGCAAAGCCUUGUAAAAGGGGGGAAUACAAUUCAAUGAUUUGUUGUUGUUGUUGUUGAGCGUCUGCUAUAUGACAUGCACUCCUCUAAGUGGUAGGGAUAUAUGGAGUGGUGAACACAACAGACAAAAAUCCCAGCCUCUCUAGAGCUCACGUUCUCUCAGUCACCAGCCAGUGUUAAUCGAUGCACUCAGUCGGUUGGUAUGAAGCAUUAAGAAAAAUAGAGCAGAAAAGGGGAAUGAGAGUGGAGGGCAGUUUUGAGUGGGGUGGUCAGGGAAGGCCCCACCUGAUAGAUGACCUUUGAGUAAAGACUUGAAGGAGGUGAGGAAGCAAGCCUAGGAUAUUUUGGAGAAGCAUCCUGAACCCAGAGGAAAGCAGGUAAAGGUUUUGAAGGGAGAAUACUGGCCAUGGUCAUGAACCACAGGGAAGUGGCUGGGCCUGGUGGCUGGAUACCUUUUCUCAGUCGAGAUUCCUCAUCUAUACCGGAAGAUUUAGCAGAUAAUUUGAGUGACUGUUUUCUCAGUGCUUCCAUUGUAGAUGUAUAGGGAGAAGUUAAUUCCUUAUAUACACUGGUCCUUUAGGGCAGGAGUCUGCAAAUUCUUUGUGUAAAGAACCAGAUUAUAAUUGUUUUAGAUUUGCUUCACAUGCCAUACAGAAAGGGUGUAGCACAAAGUACCUAUGCAUGUGGUGAACCUGGCUGUGUUCUAGUGGAUCUUCAUUUAUGGACUUGACAGUUGGAUAGAACUCCAUAUAAUUUUCACAUGUCACAAGAUACGCUACUUUUGGAUUUUUUCCAACUACUCAACAAUGUAAAAAUUAUUCUUACGGCUGUGGGCUGUACACAAAGGUGGACCAUGAGCCAAUUUACAGACCCAUGUUUUAUAUCCAGAUCUUGGGAGGCCAUGUGAAGACUUGGGCUUACUCUAAAUAAACAUUGGAAGGUUUUGAGCAGAGGUGGGAAAUGAUCAAAUUUAAGUUUAAAAAGAAGAGUUUCAGCUGUUGUUUUGAGAUUAAACUGGAGGUGGAGCAUGCCCUUACUGGUUGGGUGGUGAGUAGUUGCAUUCUGAGGGAAUUUGAGCGGUAAGUGGCAUUUUAUUUGGUAGCCAUAUAGAGGACAGUAACAGUUGUAUGCUUUUGAAAUGUAAAAGGUUUUGUUCCUUCAAAGCAUUUAUUUGGACCCUUUUGAGACUGAACUGUAGAAAAGCAUCAGAGGUUUUUCACCAGGGAAGCUAAUGAUGGGAAAUAAUUGAGCUGCUUACUACAGCCCAAUCGUGAAGGGUGCUUUAUGUUUUUGUAAGAUAGAGACUUACCAGUGAAGAUGAUGCAGGAGCCAUGACCCAGCCAGCAUGGUUGGUGGAGAUAGCACAUGCUGGUGGAGUCACUUUACUUCUGGGCUACACCCAUACUGGGUGCUGGGUCUCUUACCAGGUAUAGCAGACACAGCCCUACCCUCCCAGAGCCUACCUGUUGCCUUUUAUGAGUCUCCAUCCUUGAAUUGAAGAUGCUGAAGAAGGGUAACAUUUGUCGAUCACCCAUUGCAGAAGCAGUUUUCAGGAAACUUGUAACUGAUCAAAACAUCUCAGAGAAUUGGGUCAUUGACAGCGGUGCUGUUUCUGACUGGAACGUGGGCCGGUCCCCAGACCCAAGAGCUGUGAGCUGCCUAAGAAAUCAUGGCGUUCACACAGCCCAUAAAGCAAGACAGAUUACCAAAGAAGAUUUUGCCACGUUUGAUUAUAUACUAUGUAUGGAUGAAAGCAAUCUGAGAGAUUUGAAUAGAAAAAGUAAUCAAGUUAAAACCUGCAAAGCUAAAAUUGAACUACUUGGGAGCUAUGAUCCACAAAAACAACUUAUUAUUGAAGAUCCCUAUUAUGGGAAUGACUCUGACUUUGAGACGGUGUACCAGCAAUGUGUCAGGUGCUGCAGAGCGUUCUUGGAGAAGGCCGACUGAGGCAGGUUCAUGCCCUGCUGUGGCCAGCCUGACUAGACCCCACCCUGAGGUCCUGCAUUCUCAGUCAGUGUGUAAUCAUGUUCCAGAGCCCAAAGGCCCAGCUGUUUGUUCAGUUGACUUACUGUUUCUUACCUUAAAAAAUAUUGUAGAUGGAAAUCAGUUAUGUUUGGCAGAAGAAUCAAUAAAAUUAUUUGAUUCUGACAGUUUAUGGGGUAUAUUAAGCAUUCUUAGACUAGUUGAACAUCUCACUUUGCCCCAAUUACAAAAAUAGUAGAACAAGCAACAUAAAACAUAAUGAAGGAAAACCUCACUUGAAGGCCCAGGUCAGCAUCUAAGCCCGCUGAGACUUAGAUAGUCAAGUCUACCUCUUCAGUAGGUUCGUGUGGAUGGCCUGAUGGGGGGCAGGUGCCCUCUGCUCCCUGUGCUACCUCUCUCUUGCCCAGGGCCUUUUAUGGAUUGACAGUAGCCCUCUCCAUAGGAGCUCACAGUCUAGAUUAGAAGUAUUUUAAUUUAUACACACCCAUAGUGCACACUUGUAUAUUGAAAAGAUAGGGAAGAGAGAAACAUUUAUGGAAACAGUCGUUAGCACCUUCAAUACUUCAUGAUUUUUGUCGAGUUUACUUCAUGAGGAGGUCAGCUCCUUUGCUCCCAUCUGAACCACUUUGCCUCUGAAACUUAAUUAUAUCCAGAAAGAAGGACGCUUGUAUGCUAGUCUAACUAUGGGCAGUUGAGGAAUAUGACACUUUUUAUAUGCACAUGUAACCCAAAUGUCUAAUAUAAAUUGGCUUAUUUUUAAAAAUAAUUUUAAAAGUUGGGAAACGCUUUAUUAUUUGGCAUGCUUAAAAUUAAGUAUUCUUCAUCAGCAUUUAAUAAAUGUAUAGGCAGAUAUAGGUAAUUUCUGUGUAUUGAGAUAAUGUCGAAAUCAUGAAUAUUUCACAAUAAACUGGGGAGUUAUAAAAAUACAACUAGAGAUAUAA